AUGGGUGUUUUCAAGUCCUCCAAGGAUUACCAGUACGAAACCCUAAAGGGCAUAAAGCUUGUUAGAGUGUUGGAUCUGCAUCCAAGUUUAGAAAAAUCGAACCAAAUCAAAUGUGAUUUACGACAUGUUCGAGUGGACUCCGACGUCGACUUCGAAGCCUUGUCGUAUACCUGGGGCGAUGGCAAGCCUACAAGCGAAAUCCAAUGCAACGGAGCCCGACUUUUCAUCCGGCCCAGUUUGGAGAUAGCGCUUCGUCAUUUGAGGAAGACGGACGAUGUGCGGACGAUGUGGAUUGAUGCAAUAUGCAUUAAUCAGAGCAAUACUCGUGAGCGAGAGCAGCAAGUCCCAUUGAUGGCUGAUGUUUACAGCAAGGCCUCGCAAGUUGUUGCUUGGAUUGGUGAGGUGAAACUCUCCGAUGUCCAAGCACUUGACAUUGAAAGACUACAAUUCGAGGUGAUAGAUCCUGAUCACAAGGAAGUUACCUGGAAGCUCGAGAAUUACAUUACUGCUUUGCUCAAAACAAUGAUGGCCGCUGUAACACUGAUGCGCCGUCCGUGGUUCUCGCGUACCUGGAUUAUUCAAGAAGUUGCUUUAUCCCGCAAGCUUAUCAUCCAGUGCUCAGACAGAAUCAUCAGGUGGAGUAACUUCUUGGCUCUGUUGGAUCUGAUACCAUUGAUCACAGACAAGGAAGGUAUGCAAGUCUACUUCGGAGAAGUUUUCCUUGAGAGAGCGCAUUUCGUCGCCUCAGUCAGGAGCAAAAUCGCGGAGCGCAUCGCCGAACAUGAGCGACAGGAGACAGACGUUGUGAUCCGCCACGUAUCUUCACAUCAGUACGACGUUUGGGAAGAUCUGCAAUUACUCGUUUCGCAAGCGAGAGCUUUCGGUGCCACUGAAGAGUCAGACCGCAUUUUCGCGCUUCUUGGGCUCGUAGACCAGAAGCUGAGGAAAGGGAUUCCAGUGGAUUAUGGGACACCAUUUCAAGCCAUGUACAAAGAUUUUGCCCGCCAUCUCAUCGCCACGACUGGAAGUCUGUCCAUGUUAAGCCAGGUGGGACCUGAGCAAGACGACAAACUAGAAUCCUGGGUCGCAAAUUGGGCACGAGAGCUGCCUGUCGAGCCAUUGGGCGCAAAUAAAGACGGCUACUACUCGGCCACCGGAGCUUCCAAGCCUGAAAUAAUUCCCCAUAAAGAUGCAAAAGUCUUAGCACUCUCCGGCAUAUUUUUAGACGAAAUUGAUCAAGUGAAACUUGGCCCUUCCUCCGAUGGGAUGGAAGCACUCAAUCGUGCUCAAAGAACAAUCGCCAGAGGCACUCAAUUUGGUCUUGCCGAGUCGACACCUCUCUUGCCUUACAAAUCCAUUGCAGAUCUCUUGUCGAAAGAGCCGGAACGGGUUUCCGGACCUGGUGGCGGUCAAGCGUCUGAGUAUCAAAUCUCGAGGAAGCCAGUCGAUCCCGGGACAGACCCACUAACAGAGAAGUUGAUAGAGGAGUUCAGCAGCCUUUCCAUGACAUCAACACGGUCAUCGCAAGGCACAUCAGUUACGUCAGAGUCGCAAAGCCCCACUCAAAGUAAGUCGGAGACGAUCGCGGAUGUGCUUGCGCGAGGAAUAUUCACCGGGCUGCCACGCAAUCCCCGUGUACGUCAGUAUCAUCACAUAUGGGGCGCCAUCCAUCCCGUAAAUGGUGUGUACAUGAGCUCAAGGUCUGAGGCUGCAUGGAACGAGAUACUACCUAAAGACAAAGCUUACCCUACGGGCGAGACUGUGGAAGAAGCAUAUUGGCGGACCUUAAUUGGUGACAAACGAACAACUUUGGAUUUGCGUAUCAGUCAACCUCCCAAUUUUUGGCAGACUGGGUUUCAUAUAUGGCAAGCCGAAUUGCUGAAGAAGCAAGGGCAUGUGUCCCGUGUCGCCAAUGAAGCAGGCUCUAGAGUUCUCAGCAGGAAUCGCUCGGACGGGUCACUUGCGCUCGAGCGACGAGACUCCAUGUUGAAUCAAGAGCUUCGCGACUAUGUUCAGGCAGAGAAUGCGAAGAAAGAAGUGAAUAAUCGCCUUCAACAACUCAAAGUACCAGCCUUUCGCAAUAUCAUCUCUACCUUGAUCAAGGUUCACAACAAGAGCCGCCCUGACUCAGAAAUUGCACCAGGCUACUCCAACACUGAACUUAUUGGCUACCUCGACGGCUAUGACAGUCUCACCGAGGACCAAGUUGCAAGGCUCCGACGAAGUCUUUCGACCAUACCACCUGCACGCCUGACAGAUACCGAGUUGCGGAAUCAAAUUGACAAAGCAUUUUGGUACGACUUCGUCCGCGUGGCUCGUAAUCGAAGAUUUUGUGUCACCAAACAGGGGUAUAUUGGUUGGGUGCCGUCUUCAGCAAAAGAAGGCGAUCGGAUAUGCCUGCUUCUUGGUGGACAGGUUCCUUAUGUUGUUCGUCCGCACAAGAAAAGAAAGGGGGAGUGGCAAUUUCUGGGUGAAGCCUACGUGCAUGGGAUCAUGAGGGGUGAAGCUAUGCAGCGAGAGGGUUUGAACGUGGAAACAAUUCUUUUGAGGUGA